UGAAGGGUCCCCUGGCUGAACCCCGUCAUCGAGGGAAGGAGGAGUUAAAUUCCCCUGCCUUUUAAUCCAGUCCUGCUGGUUUACCUACAAAGCCAGGCAGCAGCUUUCUUCACAUGUGGCCGCUGUCCCCGGCACAUCAUGCCCCAACGUCACGUCAUACAGAUGUCCACCAGCCAUGCCAGCUAUGGUGUCUGCGUGUUGGGUACCGAGGUCUUCCUUGAUACACGCCGAUCUACCCCCAAAGGUGCCACGUCAUUUGAUGUCCAUGCCACCUCUGCAGUUACGGUCCAUAUCAUCCACAGCCUCACGACAAAACCCAUGAUUAACUCCAGAUGGCCCCUGGAUCCAGAUAUAGAGGUUGUAGUGACCAUUGAUGUCACCAGCAGGACAGUAAAUGACAAUAAGGUUAAGAUUUCAUACUACGGACGAGAAGGCAAUGAGCUUUCGGUGGCUUGGUUGUAUCUCACUUGCGUAGAUGUAUCCCUGGAUGUGGACUUGAGCCGUAGUGGCCGAGUGAAGAGCAAAGGGAAGGACAAGGCCAAAUGGACGUGGGGUCCAGAUGGGCAAGGUGCCGUGCUGCUGGUCAACUGCGACCGGGACAGCCCUGGCAGGGGGGGGACGGACAGCGGUGAGGUGGACAUACGGACCAGUGCAGACCUUCAGGACAUGUCUGUCAUGCUGCUGCGGACUCAGGGUCCCAGUGCUAUCUUUACUGAGUACCAGGUGGUCCUGCAUGUCCCUGAGUCGGAUGCGGAUAAAGUACGGGUUUUCCAUGCUAUCCGGAGUGACUCACACCCCCAGUACAAACCUGUGCUGGGGCCAGACAAGCUCUCCUACGUGCUGGACCAUGUCGGCAGUGGAGAAAACACCUUCUACGUUGAAGGGUUGGCUUUCCCCGAUGUGGGCUUCUCUGGGUUGGUUUCCUUCAGCGUCAGCUUGCUGGAGGUCCCCCAUAAGAAUUCACCGGGCACUCCAAUUUUCACGGAUACAGUGGUUUUCCGCGUGGCACCCUGGAUAAUGACACCCAACACCCAGCAGCCUAUGGAGGUUUUUGUCUGCAGCAUCCAGCGAGGCUCAGACUCCAAUGAAGUCUUUCUGGAAGGGCUCCAGGUCCUGCUGAAGAAAGCCAACUGCAAGCUGACCAUCUGUUCAGAAGUGGAAACCCGGAGUGACCGCUGGAUCCAGGACGAGCUAGAGUUUGGCUAUGUGGAAGCGCCACACAAGACCUUCCCUGUCGUCUUUGACUCACCCAGGAACAGAGGCUUGAAGGAUUUUGCUUUUAAAAAGAUCCUGGGUCCUGAUUUUGGCUACGUGACCCGUGAGCCCCCCAGGAGAGACGUCUCCAGCCUUGACUCCUUUGGCAACCUGGAUGUCAGCCCACCGGUGACAGUGCAAGGGAAGGAGUAUCCCCUGGGCCGGAUCCUGAUCGGCAGCCCCCUGCCUUGGUCCUCCGGCCGGCGGAUGUCCAAGGCGGUCAGGGAUUUUCUUUACGCCCAGAAGGUGCAGGCACCGGUGGAGGUUUACUCGGAGUGGCUGAGCGUGGGCCACGUGGAUGAAUUCCUCACCUUUGUCCCUGCUUAUGAUAGGAAGGGAUUCCGGCUUCUCUUGGCCAGCCCCAACGCCUGCUACAAGCUCUUCAAGGAGAAGCAGAGGCAGGGCCACGGGGAAGCUACUCAGCUUGUUGGGCUGAAGGGCAGUGAGAGGAGAAGCAUUGAUGAGAUCCUGGCAGACGAGUCAUUGAAGAACGACAACAGGCAUGUGCAGCGCUGCAUUGACUGGAACCGCGACCUCCUGAAGCAGGAGCUGGGCCUGAGUGAGCAGGACAUCAUUGAUAUCCCCCAGCUCUUCAUCCUGAAGGGCUCCCGCGCAGAUGCCCUCUUCCCAGACAUGGUGAACAUGCUGGUGCUGGGCAGGCACCUGGGCAUCCCCAAGCCCUUUGGACCGCUGGUGGGUGGGCAAUGCUGCUUGGAGGAGCGGGUGCGGGCGCUGCUGGAGCCCCUGGGCCUCACCUGCACCUUCAUCGACGACUACUACUCCUACCAUGUCCUCUCUGGCGACGUCCACUGCGGCACCAACGUCCGCCGUAAGCCCCUCGCCUUCAAAUGGUGGCACAUGGUGCCUUGAA